UGGCACUCGAUAACAUAUUUCAAUCGGAAUUUGAAUAAUCGAUAAAUCCAUGUAUCGGAGGAGGCGAUAUGUUAUAACAUAACCAUGGGGUUCGUGUGGCGUGGACAACAUUAAAACAAUGCAGACGAUUCCGUCUCUCUCUCUCCCCGUUUGUCAUCCGGCGUCGUCAUCGGCGUCCUCCGGAGUUCCUCCGAGCUAAGAGCUCGCUCUCAGUGCGUUGAUCGCUUUCGUCGCAGACGCACUCUGGCAUCGCCCAACAUCCAGCCCGAAAAAAUAACUUUCUACCCUGUACUCGAAGAACCGGGCAAUAUUCCAUCAACCGAAGAACAGUUUUUUUUUUGUUUUUUUCAAUACCCAUUUGAUGUCAGAAAUACUGGGAAAAAAUUUUGAAAGAAAAGAUCGAAAUAUUCCGUCGAACGAUCGCCGUUGUAGAAUUCAAUCUUGAACUUUGGACUCUGGAAACUGCAGGUGGCUCGAUCCUCUUCGCGAUGGAACGAGAGUGAGAGUGCUUUUUUUUCACGAAGAUCGUGUCUGGAGGAAAAAGAACUUCGUGGAUGAGAGAAGUUUUUUAAUACAGUGGCUUAUCCGGUGUUUUCGCGAAAAAUCUCACGAUGAGCGGCGAAGAGGUGAAAGUUGGAUCCUUCCAAGUGAUUCUGAUCGUCUUCUUAGGGGUCAACUAUGUCAUAGUAUCGAUGAACCACGCACUUCCGGAUUUUCACAGUUACACACCAGCGUUCUACUGCAAGGCGAAGGGGACCCUCAAUUACACCAACACGUGCGUGACGUCCUCCGAAAUAUUGGCGAACAAUCUGACGACCUCGGAGACCGAAACCGCCGCUGAAUAUCCGUCGUGCGAGGCCGGGUAUCUCUUUGAUUCCGUCAGAGGAGAAACGUCGAUAGUAACGGAAUGGGGACUGAUCUGCGAGAGGAGAUACCUUUUACCUUUCAGCACAAUGCUGUAUUUCUGCGGAGCCGUGAUCGGCGCCUGGAUAGCUGGAGUACUGGCGGAUCGCGUCGGGAGACUUCCGGUACUAGCGAUGUGUCUCUACACCCAGGGAACUCUGGCCGUCGCGCUUUACAUAAUUCAGGACUACCGCGCUUUUUUGGUCGUCCGGGCGCUGCAGGGGGUCUUCGUUCAGGGGCUGCAAAUUUCCACGUACACUCUACUCUUGGAGCUGAUUCCUGCUAAUAGGAGAACUUUGGUGGCGAUGAUUUUUCAGUUCGCAUGGGCCUUCGGACUCGCCCUUCUAACCGGACUCAGUUACGCUGUCGCGGACUGGAGGGUCCUCCAGUUAGCCACGUCGGUUCCCACGGCGGUGACCGUUUUCUACAUCUGGAUAAUCCCGGAAUCUCCACGGUGGCUGCUGGCCAGGGGUAAACUUACCGAGGCUCACAUGGCCUUGGAAAAAAUAGCCAAGUACAAUAGCUGCUGUAAGAAACACCGCGUGGAAACGGAGUCGCAAGUCGUUGAGGUGAACAACGCGAGCAGCUGCAUUGCAGAGAGCGUUACGCCCGUGAAACCUAAGCGGAAAUCUCGGAUAUCGAACGCGGACCUCAACGAAACUAAAACCAGUGACAUUCUUUGCGAGGAGGCAGCGGAGCUACUCGCCACUGCGAACAGUUGCGAGAGUAAAAUUAUGGAACCGACUCAUCCCCCCACAACGUCCGAGAGUUUGGAGCGAGGAACUUCAAAUUUGGAAUUGCGGAUGGAGCUGAACGAUGAGAUUGAAUUUUCCGAUCUUCCACCCGCACCUCCAUCGCCACACGCUUCGGAGGAGAACCAACGAUCCGACGAGUGCGAUUCCCCGGAAAACCAAGAAGUCCCACCGGAAGUGGUCGAAGAAGACGAGGUUGAACUUAGAGUAGCUCAGGUGGAACCGCCGCUAGAAAAGGAAAGAGCUUCGGGAAUCGAUGCGAAUAUUUCGAAGGAAAGGAAAAACGAAGAUGUUGAAGUUAGAUCGGAAGUAGCUAAAAAUCAGACCUUCUUAAAUCUCCUCCGAUAUUCGAGGCCUCGCAGAAACUUCACAGUUAUGAUAUCCGUCUGGUUCAUCGUUUAUCUGACUUAUUUUGGGGUCACGUUGAACUUGCCCAAUUUAAGCGAUGACCGACACGUGAAUUAUGCAAUUAGCGCAUCGCUGGACCUCCUUGCGUACGUGAUGACCUGUUUCGUACUGAUGAAAUUCGGAAGGCGAAUUCCUCUCGUUAUUUACUUAAUAUUGAGCGGAGCUAUUUGCAUCGUAGCGGGUGCGGUCAGCAUGCCGGCUCACAAAAAUGCAUCUUGGACAGGGCCCACAAAAUCGACCUUGAUUUUGGCAGGAAAGGGAACGAUCGUGAGUUCUUUAGCGGUAAUUUACCUGUACACCGUAGAAGUUUUUCCCACCGUCUUGCGGGGAUCGGGUUUGGGAUUCUGUGAAAUGUCUGGAAAAUUCGGGACUCUAAUCGCACCGCAUUUAUUGCUGUGGGGUGAAAAAACAUCGGCUGCGGUACCGAUGACGUUGAUGGGGACCCUGUGCAUUUUGUCAGGAAUUUUGAGCUUCGCUCUUCCGGAAACAUUGGAUAAGCCCUUGCCCGAUACCAUCGAUCAAUCGGAAGAUUUGUUCAAAAAGAGUCGUCCGAAAUCGGGAACAGAAGAGGAGCCUGCCAUCAAGAUCAAUAAUAAUAAGCGUAACACUGCACGCGACGAACAAAACGAACGAGAUAUUCUCCGAGAGAAAUUAUUCUCCGAUGAAAACGGGGGUAAGACAUGGGUCGACGCAGGAAAUGGUAUUAUCGUUAAUUUUUCCGAUACUAAAAAUAGCGAGUAAAAUUUUUGAGGGACAAAAUGUCGAGCAUGUGAAUAUGUUGAAGUAUUAUAGAUUGUAGAGGCUAAGAAAUACCAAAGUAUUCGCGAUUAUUUAACUGUAGAUAGAUUUUCCAGGUUUUCUAUAUCAUAAUGUUACAGGAUCCAUCGUUCACCCAAUGUUUAGACAAUAGUACGAAACCAUUGUACGAUCAUUUCAGAGAAUAUGUCGAUAUCAGACCUUUGUGAUUAAACGUACCGUUAAAACCCAUUAAUGUUACUUAGUUAUAUAUAAUGUAAUCUGUAAAAAUUUUACGAUCACAUAACUAUGAGACUGCAAUUGUAUGAAGUAAAUUGAAAUACAUAACGGACAAACUUUGGUUGUUUU